AUGGCCUGUGAAGGAGAACACAUACAACUUCCGCCAUCAAAGGUCCUCAGCUCUCCCAAUUUCGUUGUCCAAGACUCUGAAGUGCUGGCGCGCGCUAAGGCGCAGCAUUACGCCGGAAUCCCCAUAUGUUCGACCGCCACCUGUUGUUUUCGAGGAGAUGGGCCUUUUUGUCAAGUGGGAAACUCUGUCAAGAUAUCCGAAGCUCAGUGCCUAUAUGCCAUUCGUCGAUUUGUUAAAGGCGAUGUACCUGUGCCCGAAGUAUAUGGCUGGCGCACCGACGGAGAUUUAAGAUACAUUUACAUGGAGUAUGUGAAGGGAACACAUCUUGACCGAGUAUGGUCAACCAUGCGACAUGAGGACAAAGUUGUCAUCUGUCGCGAACUCAGGACAAUCUUCCAGCGCCUACGCCAGGUCGAACAGGACCCAGAGGACCUAUUCAUAGGUGCGAAUAUCCUGCGUACCCUGUGGAUAACUGAUUGCCUAAUUAACGUGAGCUAUAUGCAUGAAGCAGGACCGUUCACUACCGUUCGCGACUUUCAUGACUGGUUUACAUUUCUUUGCCGAAGACCCAUGCCAGAUCCGUACUCCGUUCCAGUGGAACCAUUUCGCUAUGACCUCCCGGACGACUGUGCAAUUAAGUUCACUCAUGGUGAUCUCCAUCCCAGUAAUAUCAUUGUUAUCCGCUCCGCCCCUCAUCAUACCCUGGCGAUUAUCGACUGGGAGCAAUCUGGUCUGCUUCCCGAAUACUGGGAAUCCUGCAAGGCGCAAUAUACCUAUUUUAGAACCAAGGAUUGGUCGACGACCUAUCUGCCCAUGAUCUUGGUUCAGUUUGCUAGUACUUGGGGUCCAUGGGACUACUACACGAUGUCAAUGGGACCUUAA